AUGGAGAUUGUUUUGAAACCAAAGGAUGCAGUUAAUUGGUCGUAUAGAGGUGAAGGAGCUGUUAAUCUGGUUCUCGCUUACACUGGAACCUCUCCCACUUUUUUGGGAAAGAUGAUGAGAAUACAGAAGAUGCCCAAUGAUGUGAAAAGAGACACAAGUGAAAAUGGUCUAACGAGUCAUGAAAAGCUUAUUUGGGGAGAGAUUAAGGAACUUGUCUUGCCCGAACAAGGAGGUUUUGGAGUUUUUAUGCGUCUUCUUGUAGCAAAGGAGUUUCUUGAGUCUGUUGAGAACAUUGGGACAUCUCAGCGACCUUCUUGGCGAGCUGAUGUAGCCAGUGCGGAUACUAACCGCAGUUUCGUGCUUCUGAUGGAUGAUUUGACACUUUUUGCCCACGGUCGGGUUGAGGAUAAACCAUGCUUAAGUGUUGAAAUAAAGCCAAAAUGUGGGUUUAUUCCAUCUUCAAGUUUCAUAGCUGAGGAGAAUGCUAUCAAGAAGAGUAUCACUCGUUUCAAGAUGCACCAAGUUCUGAAGCUUCAAGAACGUGAGAUCUCAGAAACAAGUGAAUAUGAUCCUUUGGACCUUUUCUCUGGAUCAAAAGAUAGAAUACACAAAGUAAUAAGAGCUCUCUACGCGACUCCUCAGAACAACCUCAAGGUUGAACAAUCUUUGAGCAUCUACUCAAAGAUAUUAUCAAGAAGAAAGAAGCAUUGGGAGAGAGAAGAGAUCAGAGAAGAGAUCAGCCUCAAGGCGCUUCUAAACAAUAAGCUGAUGAGAUAA